GCUCCACUGGCAGUGCUCAGAGUGUGGGGAACUCCCUCGAGCUCUACUCUGAUCUGUGCUUGAAAAUGGCUACUCUCGACUUAGAAGCUGUGAAUGUUCUCUCUGACAGUCCUGAAGGUCCCCUGCCCCUCAAGAUACGGGCCAAGGGUGAUAAUAACUCAGUGGUGUUCCUCAAAGAGUGGGUAGCAACCAACAAAGACUGGCUGGAUCAAAAACUACUAGAGCACGGGGCCAUUCUUUUCCAAGGGUUCAAAGUGAGAGAGGCGAUCGACUUCCAGGAGGUGCUCCAACAGUACAACCCACAACUCUCAGAUGAGUACAGGGGGACAUCACCACGAAAACUACAGCCUGGAACACAGUACGUGUUCUCGGCCAGUGAGCUCCCCUCGUUCUUCCCCAUCCCCCAACACCUUGAGAUGGCGUUCCUGCCUGCUCCCCCUCGGACACUGUUCUUCUGCUGUCUGGAGGCACCCACCUCGGCCGGAGGGGAGACCUGUCUAGCUGACUUUGGAAAGGUCUAUCAGCAACUUAAACCUGAAGUCAGGCAAAAGUUUGAGGAGAAUGGGGUGAUGUACAUUCGUAACUAUUCUCGCCACAAGAAGCUUAUCGGUGACCCCACAAGCCUCAAGGGCUGGCAGGACGUGUUUGGGACCUGUGACAAAGCCGAGGUGGAGAGUGAGCUGAGGAAGAGUAAGUUAGAUUUCACCUGGUCUAAGGGAGACCAUCUCCACCUAGUGGGUAGGGAAUCAGCAGUGGAACCACACCCAGUCACCGGGGAGAAGGUCUGGUUCAACCAUGCACAGUCAUUCCACGCUGCCAACAUCCCUGGUGACUUUGCUCACAUUUACAAGCGUUUUGGCUCGCUUAAGUACUGGCUCCUUUACUGGCUCACAUGUCUACUCAAGUUCAUUCUCCUCACAUUUCUUGCCCCAAACAAAGUCGGUUUCCACACCUGCUAUGGAGAUGGUACAGAGAUACCAGACGCUCAUCUCGACCACGUUAGAGACACGGUGUGGAGGAACCUGGUAUUCAAUCGCUGGGAGCAGGGAGACGUGCUUAUGAUAGACAACUUCAGAGUAUCUCACGGGAGACAGCCCUACUCUGGUAAGAGGAAAGUUGUUGUGUCCUGGUCCCAGCCAUACCUCAAACAAAGUCACAGAACAUGACCUAGCUGAACUGUUUGUGUGUGUGUUCUCUACAACCAUGACUGCGUGUGUGUGACUGCGUGUGUGUGCUUUCAUUAUAUCUUUUUGCAUAUGGAA